ACAUCUGCAUGUGGAUUCCUACGUUAAAAAGGUACAUGUGAUGUCCAUGCCAUCCCCAAACAUGUUCAACACUACUAGUGAGCAGCAAAAGCAAAGCCUCUGGACGCCGCCCUCUGUGGACCCAAGAAUCUCCUUCUCCAAUGACUUCGCCGACAUUCAGCAGCCGGCCGCUGCCAAGCAGGAAAACAUCUACAGAGAAGCUCCCGUUUCCUCGGAGUUCGAAUUCUGCGCCGAAAACUACACCAUGAUAUCUGCCGACGAAGUGUUCUUUCAGGGCAUGCUGUUGCCAGCUGUGAAGAGUAUUGAUGGUUGUUGCAGCGCCAACGGCCAGCAGAGAAAGAUGACUUUGAGAGAUGAAUUGCUCGCUGUUGACGAUGAUUAUGACGACGUCGUUUUCCCGAGGAUGCCGAAGAAUUCAAGCCGGUGGAGAGAGCGGCUGGGGCUCAAAAAGGGUAAAAAAUAUGAUAAAGCUGAUCAUCGUGAGGUGCUGGAAACCGUAGCUGAAGAGAAGAUGAUGCCAGCUGCAUUGGUUCACCAUGAGGAGGUCUUUGUUAGCAAGAAAACGCAGGAACUAGUCUUUGAGGGCAUGAAGGAGGGUUAAGAAGUAGCAAGUGACAAUUUUCAAGGGAAGCAAGGGGUGGCUAAUUUUGAAGGUGUUGUACAAAUUAAUAGUACUGGGUUUCCUACUGUAUGUUAAGAUUUGAUUUUACUCUUUUCUAACUCUUGGUAUUAUACUAUUAUCUUUCCCUUUUGACUCAAAUAACCCCCUCCUCUCUUUUAUUCCCAUCGGAAAAAGAAGGGUCGGCUAGCUGUUUUUGUUCUGUACAAAAUGUUUGCUGUUGUGAACUUCAAGUCGUGUAUUAAGCAGUAUUGAUUAAUGUUAUCUGUCUACUUAAUUUCUUU